UACUAAAAACAACAACUAACAAACUAUUUAAUCGACUUUUACAUUUAUACUACGUAUCCGAACGUGUUUUAUCAUUCACCGUUGUCAAAAAACUCGUAUUGUGAUUGUCGAGCUGUCAACUGCCACACUGAAAUGUACUGUAAUGUUUUGAAAAAUAUCCACACCUCGUCUCAAAACAAAUUCAAAAUUCUGUAAAAUCUCUUGUAAAUAAAGAAGUACACAAUGAAUUUUGGUGGAACGUUAAGAGUAAAUAAAUUUGCGUGUUUCACGUUAGGUUUUAUAUUGUUUUUAAUAAUUUAUUGGCGAAGUGGGAAUGCUGGUUUUCCUUUGGAGAAAAGUGAUCUUAUUAACUUAAAAAGCUUAUUAAAGGCGUCAAUCCAAGCCGCUGAGAUGGGUGGGAAGAAGGUUUUAGACGGAAAUAGUCACGAACUGAAUAUUAAAAGUAAAGGUAAAACGUUGGAAGGUGUAAAUGACCCGGUGACCGAUGCAGACUAUGCCUCACAUUGCGCAAUGUACUACAGCUUAAAGAACACGUUUGAGAAGUUGACGGUGGUGUCUGAGGAGCAUUCAAAGAGUGGUUCAGGAUGUGAAAACCAGCAAAUGUUAGAUGUAGACAAAGCAUUGCCAGGAAACAGUAUAAUAGAGUAUUUGAAUGAUGAAUUAGUUUAUAUGAAGGAUGUUACAGUAUGGAUUGACCCCUUGGAUGCGACGAAAGAAUAUACAGAGGGCCUGUACCAGUAUGUGACCACUAUGGUGUGUGUAGCUAUCAAAGGGGUGCCCGUCAUAGGCGUGAUCCACUACCCCUUCCUACCGCGCACUUACUGGGGCUGGUUCACUAAGAAACCAUCUGCCAACAUGCCUAUUGUGCCACAUAAAGAGGAAAACAAGGAACACCCCAGAGUUGUGAUCUCUCGCUCACAUCCUGGGAAAGUGGAGGAAAUAGCGAAAGCAGCGUUCGGGCCGAAGACCACAGUCUCCAUGGCAGCGGGCGCUGGUUACAAGGUGAUGGAAGUGGUGAAUGGUACCUACGACGUGUACCUGCACGCUACUGCGAUUAAGAAAUGGGAUUUGUGCGCGGGCGACGCAAUCAUUAAGUCAGUACAUGGUAAAAUGAGCACUAUAAAAGGUGAAGCUAUAGACUACUCGGCAGACAGUGAUGUGAAGGUCUCAGGAGGGAUCCUGGUGACUAGGUUUGACCACGAAUACUACCAGGACAAGCUGCCUGUACAACUGGAUAGUGUACAUUAACAUAUGACAUGUGUUGUGUGACUGAUUUUAAUAAUGUUGUUAUACAUUUAAGGCCUGUUUCACAAUAUCUGAUUAGACUUGUUAGUCUAACUGAUGAAUAAUUAUUUGAUGAUAUGUCUCAGUUAGCCUUUCAACAACUUAAUCUGACAUUGGGAAACAUGCCUCUAAUAUAAGUUGGAAAUAUUAGGCAUAGUUCGCACCAAACGCAUUGUCCGCCGACUGUAAGUAUGCGCACUGUCGACAACAUAUAAUCUGUUUGGUGUGAACGAGAUGUUAAAUAUAAAUAUGGAAAAGCGAUAAACUACGUAACGCGCGCUCACAAUCAGCGGCCGAUAAUACGUUUGGUGUGCACGAUGCCUUACUGCUAUGUACAUGUUAAACCUGUACUUGUGUGAGUGCAGCUUGUACUAUAAAUAAGUACUUAUCUCGUUUUGGUUUGUGUUAUUUUUAGUUUUCUAGUCUAAUGGCACAAAAUUUCUCAUUUCAUAAUCAAUAGAUCUAGUUUACGAUGAUGUUUGUACUAAUUUAUUUAUUAUCAUCAAUCUCAAAUACUUAUAAAUAAUUAAUGUUAUCAAGUCUGCAUGUGUGGUUUUGGGCUGUGAAUUUAAAUUAUAAUAUCUAAUAGAUUUCAAUUAAAAAUGCCUCGAAUUAAUCAUUAUUAAUUAAUAAUCCUCCCUUUUAUUAAAGUCUCUAAAUUUUUAAACAAGAAUAUGUAAAUACGCGUAUAUAGUAAGUGCUUGAUAUCUGCCGAUGUAGCAUCCUUUAUUCACGGCGAGAACAAAAUCGAUGUCCAAUGCAGAAUGAGCCUAAAUAAGCCCUAUAUGAAAGGAAUAAGGUUUAUUUAGUAUUACAUCGUUUUUUCUUGCUGUGUACAAAGCUGUGUUUUUCUUAUGGCACUGAUUUGAUUGGCGAAUAAUUAAAUAUUGACUCUGUACAAAAUUGUCGUUGUGAGUAAACGCAAUAAGGCAGGUAUGUACUUAAAAUGUAUUACUAAAUAAUAUUAAUUGAAUAUUGUAAGUAAUUGAUAAGUAUAGAGACAAAAUAUUUUAUUUUAUUAUUUUUGAGUGCAUAGUGUAGCUUAGUAGACUGACAAUGAAAUCAAAUUCACAAACUUUUUGUAAUGUUAGUAUAUGUAUAGCUACAGGUAUUAGGUAUUAAUAUGAGGUGAGCAUUUCGGGUACAGCAACAGUGUGCCUCAAAAGUAAAUGCGUGUACACAAACAUAAUUAUUGGAAGUGCCUUAUAGGCAAAUACGUUAAAUACAUAAUUUUAAUAUAUUUAAUUAUUACCUUACAUAUUGGACAGGAACUCAUAAUUAUAAAGAAAUAAAAAGGGCAAAGCUAACGCAGAAAUGCUUGAUAGAAUGUACUACAACUGCUAAUUUUGAAGGUUAUUGUUAUCAGAAGAUAACUUGUGAAACUAAAAGCAUUUAUUGUUCUUUUUACGGUAACAGUAGAAGUAACAUAAUAACUAACUUAGCACGUAAGUAUGCUGUAAGAUUGUUUGAUUGUUCAAUGUGCAAUUUAUAAUAUAAUAGGUAAGUAAAAUAAAAUACGGUAACAUGUUUAACUAUAUUUUUAUUUCAAUAAAUUAAGCGGGUUGUUUCAUAAUACACAAUUAUAAUGCAUUUCCGUAAAUCAUAAGGUAGACAUGACCCAGCAAUUUUUCAUCUAAUAAUACAGGAAUGUGUUGCUAACCUAAUGCGAAAUGUUGCCAUCUUCAAUAAAUGAAAGUUAAUUUUGUGAACCCAUCGAGAUCUCAAUAGCACCGGCAAAAUAUAGUGAAAUAUAUCGCGAUAUCAAUUUACAGAAACCGUAUAGUUUGUAACCGUGCAGUGAAACACUUGACAAUACUUUGUAGUAGACUAGUAGGACGCGGUGCCCAGCCUCCACUAGGACGAUGUAAAGCUGCUUCUAAACGCGCAAUAUCCCACUGCAACUAACUAUUUACGCAACCAUACCGGCCACACGUGGUCAUACCAAAUAUAUUUGGAUGGCCAGAAUAUUGCAAUGUUGCCAGCAAGUUGCACAAAAAUAUGGCCCAUUUAGAAGCACCUCACUCAACAGAUUGACAAAGAAUAUAACUACCUUGCAUAUGUAUAUUUUAGUCUAUGAUUCAACGAAUCCUUUAUUGACAUUGACAUACGUAAAUAAAAUUUCAUACAAAAUUACAUUCAUCAUCACAUAGAAUAUUUAUCUACAAAUAUAAAAACAUAAAUUAUUGAAGUUUAUUGCAUUCCAUUAUGCUCACAAAAUAUCCUAUGAAAAUUAUAUGACUGGCUAAAUAGUCAACUACAUAAUAUGAACAGAUGUUUUUGACUAAAAUUCUCGAAGCAUUUGCAGAAAUGUAAGUUAACAAGCUAAAUGGUGUUUUGAUGCGUUCAAUAAAUCGAUUGUAGUCACAUUUCAAAGUAAAUGCUCGUGAAGCCUCAUGAUACGUAGAUAUCGUCGGAGCCAGCUGUGAACCAAUACCAUAGAGUGACAUAGCGUGAGUACUGAGUUACCUGCAGUCAGCUUCGUGAAUCACAA